AAGGGGAGCUUUGGUCAGCUGUGCAAAAGCUGCCAAAACGAAGCAGGUAAAAAGCAAGUUAGACAGCCUGACAACUGUUGCUGACAAAGUAGAAAGUAAUUUGUGGCAAUCCAGGCGAGUACCUCCUUCGGAAACAUGAAUCUGAGCCAGCGGACUUACCUCAUCGUUACCGGAGCAUCCCGGGGCAUAGGCCGUGAGUUCGCCCAGCAGCUAUCCGGUCGCAUCGGGCAGGAGGGAUCCGUGGUGGCGCUGUUGGGCCGCAAUCUGCCGCUUCUCCAGGAGACCAAGGACCACAUUUUGGCCAAAAAUCCACUCCUAACUGUUCACACGUUCUCCCUGGAACUGUCCACGGCCAAGGCGGGUGACUUUGCCAAGAUCUUGGAGGAUUCCACCGGCAACGGGGCCUUCGAACGUGCCAUAGUGAUCCACAAUGCCGGCACAGUGGGCGACACCUCGAAACGGGCCAGGGAAAUCGGAGAUACGGCCCUGCUGCAGAAUUACUUCCACACCAACGUAUUCUCCUGCAUGUCCCUGAACUCCCAGUUCAUGAAAGUCUUCCAAAAAGUCCAAAAGUUGAUCGUGAAUCUCAGCACCUUGGCGGCGAUAGCUCCCAUCUCUUCGAUGGGCUAUUACUGCUCGGUGAAGGCGGCCCGUGAGAUGUUCUUCCGCGUCCUGGCCCUGGAGGAGAGCGCCCCGGACACUCUCGUUCUCAACUACGCCCCGGGCAUGAUCGACACCCAGAUGACCGUCCAGGUGCAGCAGGAGGCCCAUGAUCCCGCCAUUGUGGCCAUGUUCCGGGAUCAGCGGGAGACCAACACCAUGCUGACCGCUGCCCAGACCACCGAGCGCUUCAUAGCAGUCCUCGAGGCGCAGAAGUUCAAGUCCGGCGACCACGUCGACUACAGGGACGAGGAGUAUUAGGCCUCCAAUCUUUUGAAAAUAUUUAUACAAUAUGGUUAAGCUCCUUCUGUGGUAAAAGGGUCCAAAUAGAUGAAACUUUAGUGUUAAUCGUUUCCAUAAAUAAACAUACUUACCC